AGAUACUGGUAGGGCAGAAACUGUCCUAACAAUAUCUGCCCAGAAAGACGGGAAAGAGGAGGAAAAAUUCCUCCUUCCACCAGGAAUUCUCUGGGAAGCACACAGGAUUUCACGCUACUAGUUUAUUCCCAAGAGAAGCUACCAAAGCUUGGUAACUAUCAACUCUAACUUUUGUGUCUCUAAGUGCACUUCUCCUGGGAUUACAACUAAUUGAACCAGGGAUUUAAAGGAAUCUCAGAGGACUGUAAGAAGAAUGCUUCGAGGCCGAUCCCUGUCUGUAACAUCCCUGAGUGGGCUUCCCCGGUGGGAAGUCGAAGAACUUCCUGUGGAGGAGUUACUGCUCUUUGAAGUUGCUUGGGAGGUGACCAAUAGAGUUGGAGGCAUCUAUACUGUGAUUCAGACAAAGGCCAAAACAACAGCAGAUGAAUGGGGAGACAACUAUUUUCUGAUUGGUCCAUAUUUUGAGCAUAAUAUGAAGACUCAAGUGGAACAGUGUGAACCUGUAAAUGAUGCUGUCAGAAGAGCAGUGGACGCAAUGAAUAAGCAUGGCUGCCAGGUGCAUUUUGGAAGAUGGCUGAUAGAAGGAAGUCCUUAUGUGGUACUUUUUGACAUAGGCUAUUCAGCUUGGAAUCUGGAUAGGUGGAAGGGUGACCUCUGGGAAGCAUGCAGUGUUGGCAUUCCUUAUCAUGACCGAGAAGCCAAUGAUAUGCUGAUAUUUGGAUCUUUAACUGCCUGGUUCUUAAAAGAGGUGACAGAUCACGCAGAUGGUAAACAUGUCGUUGCCCAAUUCCAUGAAUGGCAGGCUGGAAUUGGACUGAUCCUUUCUCGAGCCAGGAAACUUCCUAUUGCCACAAUAUUUACAACCCAUGCUACACUACUCGGGAGGUAUCUCUGUGCAGCAAAUAUUGAUUUCUACAACCAUCUUGAUAAGUUUAACAUAGACAAAGAGGCUGGGGAAAGGCAGAUUUACCACCGGUACUGCAUGGAGCGAGCCUCUGUUCAUUGCGCUCAUGUAUUCACCACGGUUUCUGAAAUAACAGCAAUAGAGGCCGAACAUAUGCUGAAGAGAAAGCCUGAUGUAGUUACUCCAAAUGGCUUGAAUGUUAAGAAAUUUUCAGCAGUGCAUGAGUUUCAAAAUCUACAUGCCAUGUACAAGGCCAGAAUCCAAGAUUUUGUUCGAGGUCAUUUCUAUGGUCAUCUGGACUUUGAUCUUGAAAAGACUUUGUUCCUUUUCAUUGCUGGGAGGUAUGAGUUUUCAAACAAGGGAGCUGACAUCUUCCUGGAAUCCUUAUCCAGGCUAAAUUUCCUGCUGAGGAUGCAUAAAAGUGAUGUCACAGUGGUAGUGUUUUUCAUCAUGCCUGCCAAGACAAAUAAUUUCAACGUGGAAACCCUGAAAGGACAAGCAGUGCGAAAACAGCUGUGGGACAUUGCACAUUCUGUGAAGGAAAAGUUUGGGAAAAAACUCUAUGAUGCAUUAUUAAGAGGAGAAAUUCCUGACAUGAACAAUAUUUUAGAUCGAGAUGAUCUAACAAUUAUGAAAAGAGCCAUCUUUUCAACUCAGCGACAGUCAUUGCCCCCAGUGACCACCCACAACAUGAUCGAUGACUCCACCGACCCCAUCCUCAGCACCAUUAGACGGAUUGGACUUUUCAACAACCGCACAGACAGAGUCAAGGUGAUUUUGCAUCCAGAGUUUCUAUCCUCCACCAGUCCCUUACUGCCCAUGGACUAUGAAGAGUUUGUCAGAGGUUGUCACCUUGGAGUAUUUCCGUCAUACUAUGAACCCUGGGGUUAUACUCCAGCUGAAUGCACUGUGAUGGGUAUCCCCAGUGUGACCACGAACCUCUCCGGGUUUGGUUGUUUCAUGCAGGAGCAUGUGGCUGAUCCUACUGCUUAUGGUAUUUACAUCGUUGACAGGCGGUUCCGUUCUCCAGAUGAUUCUUGCAAUCAGCUGACUCAGUUUCUUUAUGGAUUUUGCAAACAGUCACGCCGCCAAAGGAUUAUCCAGAGGAACAGAACUGAGAGGCUCUCAGAUCUUCUAGAUUGGAGAUACUUAGGCAGAUAUUACCAGCAUGCCAGACACCUGACAUUAAGCAGAGCUUUUCCAGAUAAAUUCCAUGUGGAACUAAUAUCACCACCAACGACAGAAGGAUUUAAAUAUCCCAGGCCUUCCUCAGUACCACCUUCCCCUUCAGGGUCUCAGGCCUCCAGUCCUCAGAGCAGUGAUGUGGAAGACGAAGUGGAGGAUGAGAGAUACGAUGAGGAAAAGGAGGCUGAAAGGGAUCGGUUAAAUAUCAAGUCACCAUUUGCACUAAGCCACGUUCCUCAUGGGAAGAAAAAGCUGCAUGGUGAAUAUAAGAACUGAAUUCUACAUGUGCUGAGAAGAGCUAAUUUUAAAAAGCAAAGUAAGACAAAUUAUUUAAAAUAAAAAUGCCACACAUUUUAUUUUCUCCUUCUAAGUAUUACAAUGGAAUUUAUUAUCUGCCUAAAAAGUGGAAGAAAUUGAGUGAAUGACAAUUUCAUAAUUUAGAAUAAGAUCCAAGUUAUUUUCCCCAACUCUUGUUUCCCCCAUAAAAGUUAGGCAUGAGGAGGAGCACUCAUUAAAGGCAGAAGAUGGAAAAGUGUUUUUAAAAUGGUGAAUUUAAGUGGUAAGGAUUUUGUCUUACUCUGUUUAUUUUUAAAUUAUCACCAUAAUCCUUUGCUUACUAUUUAUGCAGCUUCUCUACCCCAUCACACAAAUUUCCCAUUUCCCCCCUGAAAACCUUGAUCUUACCCAUUAAUGUGCACUACCUACAUAUUUUAAAUAGCUAGAUUUUUACUGAUUAUUUUCAUUUUUCACAUGCAUCAGAACCAUGAUUUAUAUGUAGUUUUGCAGAGACAAAAAUCCAUGUGUGAACAGCUAUCCUAAGUUCAUAUUUUGAUGCAUAUUUAUGCACAUUUAUGUCACUUUUGAACUCUAGAAUUUAUGUUUUAAUUAAUGGAAGAUAUUACCAUGUGAAUGGAAGAUAUUACCAUGUGCAUGGUACCAACAUCUUACUGUAACAUUUUUCUAUUGUUUAAAUAGACAGACUUUUUAAAAAUUUGGUCAAUCUUCAUAGAUGAUAAGUUGUUAAAUCCAAGUAAAUAAAUGCAUUAAUAUUUAAUAACUUAA